GGCGAGGAUGCAGUGCCCCGGGCUGCUGCUGGCGGCGCUGCUGCUGGCUGUGGCCAGCCCCCCGGCCCGGGCAGAGGAAGGGCUGGACUUCCCCGAGUACGACGGCGUGGACCGCGUGGUGGACAUCAACGCCAAGAACUACAAGGCCGUCCUGAAGAAGUUCGAUGUGCUGGCCCUGCUCUACCACGAGCCGGUGGGGGACGACAAGGCUUCGCAGAAGCAGUUUGAGCUGGAGGAGCUGAUCCUGGAGUUAGCAGCCCAAGUCCUGGAGCAUAAAGGGGUCGGGAUUGGCCUGGUCGACUCAGAGAAGGAUGCGGCGGUGGCCAAAAAGCUAGGGCUGACCGAGGAAGACAGCGUGUACGUGUUCAAGGACGAAGAGGUCAUCGAGUACGACGGGGAGCUUUCUGCCGACACCCUGGUGGAGUUCCUUCUGGAUGUGCUGGAGGACCCGGUGGAGUUUAUCGAGGGAGAACGUGAACUCCAGGCGUUCGAGAAUAUUGAGGAUGAGCCCAAACUCAUCGGAUACUUCAAGAACGAAGACUCGGAGCAUUUUAAGGCCUUCGAAGACGCCGCGGAGGAGUUCCAUCCAUACAUCCCGUUCUUCGCGACCUUCGACAGCAAGGUCGCCAAGAAGCUCUCGCUGAAAUUGAACGAGAUUGACUACUACGAGCCCUUCAUGGAGGAGCCGGUCACCAUCCCGGACAAGCCCAACAGCGAGGAGGAGAUCGUGCAGUUCCUGGAGGAGCACAAGAGGCCGACCCUGAGGAAGCUGCACCCGGACAGCAUGUACGAGACCUGGGAGGACGACAUGGACGGCAUCCACAUCGUUGCCUUUGCGGAAGAAGACGACCCCGACGGUUUUGAAUUUCUGGAGAUCCUGAAGGAAGUGGCCCGAGAAAACACCGACAACCCAGACCUCAGCAUCAUCUGGAUCGACCCCGAGGACUUCCCACUGCUGAUCCCAUACUGGGAGAAAACGUUUGACAUCGACCUGACCCGGCCGCAGAUUGGCGUGGUCAACGUCACAGAUGCCGACAGCAUCUGGCUGGAGAUGGACGACGAGGACGACCUUCCCUCUGUGGACGAGCUGGAGGACUGGAUCGAGGACGUGCUGGAAGGGGAGAUCAACACGGAGGACGAUGACGAGGACGAGGACGACGACGACGACUAGAGAGCGGCGCCUCCCUUUUUGGGGAUCAGGCGGGCCCCGCGGGGCCACCCUGUGCCAUCCCUUUGCCCCCAGGGUCGCGCAGCCAACCUUCCAUCCGUGCGUUCGGCCUGCACAGAAGGGGCCCCCCCGGAGCCCGUCAUGAGAAUGCCUUUUUAUAUCGCUCCUGUUUGCGUCCAGCCCCCACCUGUCCCCCCACCCCGACACGCCCCCUCUGGGGGCCCAUUCUGCCCCUGCCAGUGCUGAGGGAAAGCUGGCCCCGCAGCGCCUCUCUGCCCCCCAUCUCCCCGCAGCCACCUUUGCCGGGCUGUCUCGGCACUCCGGAACGCAGCCCUCACCGGGCGCCCCGCCAUGGGAUGCUCUGGCUUCCUGAAAUCCGGAAGGCAAAGAGGCACCCGGUAGCCAGUCAAGCUGCCCACCCAUCCCAGGUCUGCAGCCGGCUCCGGACCGCCGAGGGAAGCAGGCGGCCCACGCGGACGAGCGAUCCCGCAGGUGGCCGCUCCGCCGGCAGCCGGACUGGAAGAGCAGCCGACCGGUCCUCCUCGAUGCCUUGCAGGAGCUCUCACACGUGUCCCCCAAGCGGAUCGCUCCUUCCCACCCCCAAAACCACCCCCACUGCAUUCUUAUCAGAAGGGAUGAGACAGGUAUCAAUACUAAAAUUACAUGCAAAUUUAACCCUGGAUUUGGGGGAAAAGAGAGACAUUUCGGCUAAAAUUGUCUGUUGAAUUUGGGGGAAACCAGCUCAGCACCCAGAGGGAGACAAUGUACAAUUUGUAUAUUUUUCAACAAGUUUGUACAGAUCAAACCAAGUGAUUAAAGACGAU